AUGCGAGCAUUAGAGGGUUGCGAGAAUGUGACGAGACAAGAUGUUGUUGAAUGGAUUACAGCAGAUAACAUAGAAGAAGAACUAAGUAUCGAAGAAAUGACGGAGUCUUGCAGGAAACCGGAGAAGUCGAUAACGACGACGAAGUGUAUAUUCUUUUAUUUCUUGAGUCAGAUUGGAAUCAAAGAUGUUUUCGACAUCGACAAAGCCAAUUUAUUGGAAAUGUUCGACCAGUAUCUGUACUUGUCAAGAAUUAUCCAGAAGUCAGAGAUUGAAGUCGAUGAGGAAGGAACUGUUGCAACUGCAGCUGUAGGAGCUAGUUUGGAAAACAAAUCAAGGCCUCCAAGAUUCCAAGCAAACAGACCGUUCCUGUAUUUCAUAGUAGAUAAACCAACCACAAGUAUUGUAUUCUGUGGGAAAAUAAGUAACCCAAAUACACUGAAAUGAUUCACUAGAAUGUACAGAAGUAAUAAAAGAUUCUGAUUCCAAAGAAAUAAAAGAAUAUUCUCACA